UAGCACCGCAGCUCGGCGCUCGCGUGACGUGUGCGAAGCUAUAACAUUAAACUGUACUAGCUAAUUGGCUGAAAGAAAAACGUCGUAUUUUCCUUCCAAAUCGAGCAAGCCUGCAGUCGACAAUCAGCCUUAGUGCGCGAGUUACCUUAUCAGCGAUAACGAAGUGAAAUAUUUCAGUUGUAUACCGAGAACGCUUGCGGAAAGUUCGUUUCGUGUAUUUUGUGUUCAAAAUGACGAGAAACAAUUUGGAAGUGGGAAUGAAGUGCAUUAAAUAUAUGCUGUUGUGUAUCACAGCUAUAUUUGUGCUAACAUCAGCGCUAAUAAUCUCAGUGGGCACUACGAUCUACGCGAUCUACCACGAUGUCUCCUUCUUCCUGGAAGACCGGUUCUUCUCACCAGCCAGCUUCGUCAUCGCCAUCGGCAUCAUCAUGCUGUUCGUCUCUCUCUUCGGAUGUAUCGGCGCGCUGAAGGAGAGCACCUGCUUGGUCAAUAUUUUUGCAGUCAUCCUCAGUCUGGUAUUCGUCCUGGAGAUCGCAGCAGCUAUUGCAGCGUACAGCCUCCGGUCGCAAGUGACCGGCAUGCUGGAUGAGAACCUGAGGACCACACUGCCUUACUACUACCACAACGAGGAAGUCCGCGGGUCCUAUGACUUCAUUCAGAGCAGACUGAGCUGCUGCGGAGUAGACAGCUACGCUGACUGGAGCGUGGUGACCCCUCCCCCUGGAGUCUCCAGCAUCUCCAGCAACAACGUCUCCGUCCCCAAUUCCUGCUGUGCCAGGUCCCGUUACGACUUUAUUGAUGGCGUUGAGGUCGACGUCUGCACUGAGAUCUACGUCAAUGGAUGCCUCCCCAGAAUGUUCUACUUGGUCUACCAGAGCGCUGGUCUUUUGGGCGCCGGAGCCAUGACUAUUGCUUUCAUUCAGAUUAUUGGCAUUGUGUUCUCGUUCUCAUUGGCAAGUUCCAUCCGCAAGGCGAAAUCUGAACGCGAACGCAGACGGUGGGAAAUCCAAGAACGUAUGGUCAACGCCUACACCUCGCUCAACCCCAGCGAUGAGAAAAAAGCAAGCCAGCCCGUUGUCUAUGUCCCGUUCCAUGGACAAACUACCGCUUAGGAGGCUGUACGAGUGUUACCUUGUCCUGAUCCUACAAAUAUUUAAAAAAUAAACUGUCAAAAUUUCCCGCCCUAAUUGUGUUAUACUUUUGAAUUUUGAUUCGAAAACCUAUUUGUGAUGUGAGUCACUUUGAAAAUACUUUUCUUUUUGUUUAUAUAAUAUUUGUCAUUUUAAAUGCACAGUUGUUAUCAAAAACAUAGUUUUCUUGAAGUUUUGUAUAGAUACACAAUUAGGGCGCAAUAAAUUGUGAUACUUAAAAGUUUUAUGUGAUAAAGUCGACGUAGAGUGUAAGCAGAAUAUUUGUAUGUUCAGGAAUUUUGUUAUAAAUUAGGAAAAAUCACCGUAAUUAAAUAUUUUUCUAUAAUAAGUAGAUGAGCAAUGAAUAUACGUGUCAUAAGGCAUUUGGCGCGAACACAUAUCGGUUUGUGAAUAGAAAUAAAUAACGACCUACUUAAAAAUUAGUAGAGAUUAUUUUAAGUCAUUAUUUUAAUUACUACUUAUAUUAUUUGUAAUAACUAUAUAUACAUAGUUUAAAUUAGGUUAUUUCACAUUCCAAAUACCAAUGUCAGCUUUUACAAAGAGCUAUUAAGUACCUAACAACUGUUAUUUGUUACCAAAACUAUUUUUUUCCAAAAAAUCGCAUUGUUUGCCAUUUAAUAAAUGUGUACGGACGCUACUUAAUUAUUUUAUAGAUAUGUUAAUAAUAUAAUAUGUUGUCACUAUAUUAAUUUUAGUAUUAUAAAGAGUAUUGUAAAGAAAUAUUUUUAUUUAUACAAUA